GCCGUCACCUCGGCCGGCAGCGGCAAGCGGCAGAAGCGCGGCAAGAAGGCGCAGCGGCAGGGCGCGGUGGCGCCGGCGGCGCAGGUGGCGGUGGCGGUGGCGCCGGCGGCAGUGGAGGCAGCCGCAGCCAGGCCGCCGGCUCCGGACAAGGAACUGCUCGUGGCCGUGAGCAUUACGGAGCUGCCGCCGGGGGCGUCGCCGCCGCCGGCGUCCGUUGCGAUGGCCGCGGCGGUGCUGGCGCCGCCGCUGCCCGCGGUGGCCGCGGCUGCUGCUGCUCCGACGCCUGCCAGCGAGGGGGAGGCGGUGCAGCGGGCUCAGGACGAGGCCGCGGCGCCGCCACAGCUGGUGGCGGCAGCGGCCGCCGCCUUCGCGGCCCCCGCGGCGGAUGUGCCGGCGGUCGCGCCUGUUAUGGGUGAGGCGGAACUGGCGGCGGCGGCAGAGCCGAUGGCAGCAGCAGCUACUGCUGCUCCUGAGGCCGAGAUCAUUGAAGCUGUGGUGCCGGCAGAUGUGGAGGCCGACGCAGCGGCUGUGGAGGCGGCUGCGGAGGCGGAGGUGGCGGAGGCCGCAGCCGAGGUGGAGGCGGAGGCGCUGGAGGAGGCGCGGAUCGAGGAGCAGCUUGACGCUUUGGGGGCCCGGGAGGUGGCGGCGGAGCAGGCCGCGGCGGAGGCGGCGUUUGAGGCGGAGGCGCGGGCGGCAGCAGAGGCAGCAGCAGUAACGGCUGAGGCUGAGGCGGCAGCAGUCCUGGCAGCUGAGGCCGAGGCAGCCGCAGCAGCAGCGGCGGAGGCGGCAGCGGCGGCUAAGGCCGAGGCUGCAGCAGCAGCAGCAGAGGUGGCAGCAGCGGCGGAGGCCAAGGCGGCAGCUGUAGCUGAGGCUGAGGCGGCAGCAGCAGCUGAGGCCAAGGCGGCAGCAGCGGCUGAGGCCGAGGCGGCAGCAGCAGCUCAGCCACCGGCAGCGACGGCAGUAGCAGCCGUGCCGGCGACGGCGGCGGUAGCAACUGACGGGACAGUCGCGGACGCGGUGGCUCACGACGUGGAGGCGCUCAUGUCGGCGCUGGCGGCGGUAGAGGAGCACGAUGUGGCGGCGCAGCUCUUCGCCGCCCCGCCGCCGUCGCCGGCCGAGGGUGUUGGAGCGCACGGCGCCGGGGACGCUGCCGGUGACGCUGCGGCUGCGGCCGCGGCGGCCGAGGUGCGGUCGCUGGCUGUGGAGCUAGCGGUUGCGGAGGCUGAGGCGGCGGUGGCGGCGCAGGCUGAGGCCGAGGCGGCGGCGGCAACCGCAGCCGCGGUGCUUGCAGUCGCGGAAGCUGAGGCGGAGGCAGCAGCGGCCGCGGCGGCGGCGGCGACGGCGGCGGCCGCCGCGGCGGAGGCGCUGGUUGAGGCGCAGGCCGCCGCUGCCGCCGCCGCCGCUGCAGAGGUUGCGACUGAGCAGCAACAGGCCGCGCCGUCCCUUCCAUCCACCGCUCCGGCGACGCCUACAACUGCCACCUCCUCCACCGCAACCGACACCGCGUCCACCAGUGGCAGUAGUGGGAGCGGCAAGGCCGCCGCCGCCUCGGUGACAGGUGCGCUGUGGACCGUGGCGCGGGCGCUGUCAGAUGCGGGCAAGUGGCUCAACGGCGGCCGGCAGAAGUGACGCAGCGGUGCACCCUCUUCCUGGCGGCGAACGCGGGAGGACUGCGUGUAUGGGAAGGCGAGAAAGCGAUCUGCGUGUGUGUUGGGGUGUGCGUGUGUGUGCCGGAGGUACUGAACGGAGCAAGAGGAUGUGGCCCUUGCGGCUGUGCAACUCGGAUACCGGUGCAUAGAAACGUUUGUCGUCCGCGUUUCUUCUUCGUAGUUGAAGUUGGGGAGCGCUAGAAGCGAGUGCUCUCCUCAUGAACUGGCACGGAAGGAUUGGAUUCGCCCUGAGAAGAUUCCAUUGAGUAUGGGGGUGAUCGUGCACGUGGCCAUCGGACAGGUGCACAUGACUGUUUGGGUGCAGCCGUGUGCAUUGGCGCUGUAACAACGAAUCAAU